AUGUCACGCAAGGAUGACUCCAAGGCCCAUGAGGUCACUGUGAACGUCGAUGAGUUUGCUAGAACUCGUGAGAGCGUUCUUGUCAGCCUGUCGAAUCUGCAGGCCGCGGUCUCGGACUUGACCCGCGCCUACAUCAACCACACCAACACAGUGCUCAACCCCGGUCUUUCCAACCUGGACUUGGGUAGCUUCAACAACAUUACCGCUGCGCUGUUGGAGAAUGGCUUGCUGGCCAAUCGCUCCAGCAGCCCCGGCGCCAAGUCUGAAUUCGGCGACAAGAAGAAGCGCAAGCGCGCUCCUCCUGACCCCAACGCCCCCAAGCGUGCCCUGACCCCGUACUUCCUGUACAUGCAGCACAACCGGCCGCUCAUUGCGCAGGAGUUGGGUCCCACUGCCAAGCCCAAGGAUGUGUCCGAUGAGGGCACUCGUCGCUGGGCUGAGAUGCCCGAGGCGCAGAAGGAGGUGUGGAAGAAGCUGUAUGCCGACAACCUGGCCGUCUACAAGGAGAAGGUAAAGGCCUACAAAGCCGGUCUGCCGUGGUCACAGGACGACAACUCCAAGGCGGCUAGCCAGCUCCAGCAGGACAUCGCUGGCGUCUCCGGCUCGGGCGGUGAUGACUCCGAGGAGGAGCAGGAGGUUGAAGAAGAGGAGGAGGAGGAGGAAGAGGAAGAAGAGGAAUCCUCCCCCGAGCCCGUCAAGGAGCCCACCCCGCCUCGUAGCACUAAGCGCCGCCGCAGUGAGGUGAAGACGCCCUUGAAAAAGAACGAGUCCCCCGAGAAGAAGAAGCGCACUUCUGCCCGCAAAGAGAAGGAGAGGGAAAAGGAGGAUGAGCAGCCUGCGUCGACUCGCAAGCCGGCAGGCGCAGAGGCCAAGCGCACCAAGAAGAAGCGCAAGAGCGAGGUUGGAGGCGAUGAGUAA